AUGGCACUGGUGAUUCCCGUCGAGAUUUGCCACAUGGUCGUUGAUCAGGUGGCAACAGUGGAAAGGGACUACUCGUUAUGCGAUAUCUUUCCCUAUGCGCUCAAGCAAAGUGCUCGGUCAGAACUCAAGACCUUACGUUUGGUCAGCAGGAAUUUCUGUGCUGCUGCGUCAAGCCACUUGUUCAAACACAUUGUAGCACCGGCUGACUCCUCGAUACGCGGCCGGAACUCCCUACAGAGACUUGCUGAGAUUUCAAGAAGCAAAUACUCCGCACAUGUCCGCCAUCUAGAGACUGGAUACUGCCGAUGGCCCUCUUAUCACAGCACAUCAUUCGGUCAAGAUAUCCAGGAUCUUGCCGGGUUGUUGUCGCUUUGUCUUGCCCAACUAUCCAAUCUACGCGUUUUGAAAUUCAGAGCCUCAAGCGAGUCCUUGACACGCGAGCAGGAAAGUACCGCUAUUAGAGCAAUUGUUUCUACCCUACGAUAUGUGGCUCUACCGCGUUUGGAAGGACUUGAGCUUUUCUUUCCUGUAGCUCAUGACUUUAAAUGCUUCUUCUCCAGCGGUUCUACUUCACUGCACAUUCCGAUGGAGAAUAUACUGCGCCGCUUGAAAUAUCUAGGUUUGCAUGUCACUGCGUAUACCCAAGAGCGGGGACAGCGAUACUGGGGAACUCCCGUACUUCCUGCGCAUGCCGCUCUUCCAAAUGAUUUGCACGCCGCCCAUCUCCUCAGUACGGACGUUCUCCCUUUCGGGAUUAUCCGCUUCAGCCCAGCACUCCGUCUCACCUCCCUACGCCUCGUACGAAUCCUCAUCAGAUUCGACCACUUCCGCGCGCUGAUUGACCAAUGCAAAGAUCAUCUCAAGCACAUCGAAUUAUGUUUGGUACAAUUGCAAUCUGGCACCUGGCACGCGGUCCUCACACAACUACGCCAAUUACCGUACCUUAUAGACGUUUGCAUCAAUUCGUGCGGGUAUCCAGCCACUGGUCCAAAUGCUCAUCUGGCUGGGAUUCUCCCCGAGCCAGAUGACCCGAAACCGCUUGAGACAAUGAAUUUUGCGGACCAUGAGGGGCUUUAUGAGCUCAAGGAAUUUGUCAAUGCGAAUCGAGUCACUUUGGGGCUGGAUCCGUUUGAGAGUACUGAUUCUCGCUGGUACUAG